UGCAGAGCCAGCGCGCGCGCGUGCGUGAAUUCGGUACCGUGUGUGAAUCCGGUGCGGGAUUUCCCCCCCCUCCUCUCGUUCGCGCAUUAAAUAGGAUGGCUUAAUAAAGCGUCGCUGCACAUAUCAGUGCUGAGUAUCAUUUCUUUUUUUCUUUCCCCCCUUUCUACCGGAUUUGCCCUCGGUUUGAUGCCCGCGCGCAGUAUGUGAACGCCAUGCGGGCGGCGCGGUGCCUCCUCCUGUGGGCUGCGGUCUCCGUUACAGGCUGGAGCACCGCAUCGCGGCAAUGGCGAGAGAGAGGAGGAGGAGGAGGAGGAAGAGGUAACGGUAACGGCGACAGCGACGGGCGCGCGCAUCGUGAAGAAGAUAUCACGCGGCCGCAGCGACUCCAGCAGCGCGCGGAUGCCGACGGCGGCGAGAUCGCGCACGGUCGCCUGGAUACCAGAGUGAAGAGCGACGACGCUGACGCGCUUCACCCGGUUCACCUUGCCCAGCUAUCGUUCCUGUUGAAGGCGUUUAGGACCUCAUUUAUUUUGGACCUCGAGCUCAACCAUGAUCUCUUGUCUUCAGAUUACGUGGAGAGACAUUUUGACGAAGACAGAACACCAUAUCAUAAUCAGGGAGGAGAGCACUGUUAUUAUCACGGCACAGUAAGAGGAGCAGAAGGCUCCUGGGUUGCUCUCUCCACCUGCCAUGGCCUCUGGGGAAUGUUCUCAGAUGGCAACUUUUCCUAUGAGAUUGAACCCGUACCACACGUCGAUGAGCAGGGACAAAAUGCUCACAUUGUGUACAGACUGCCUGACCUUCAGCUCAUUGCACCACACUGCCCUGAAUGCAAUACUACCAGUGACUUGGACUCAGCCGUGGAUGAUGUCACAGCUGAUCCUGCUGAGAGUGACGGUCCCACUUUCACACACGGCCUGAGACGGGUCAAACGCCAGAUCCGGAGGCCACCGCGUACUGUUCAGACCGAGACGAAAUACAUCGAGCUGCUCGUGGUGAAUGACUAUGACCUGUUUGUGCAGAUGCGCAGGUCGACUGCGCAAACACGCAAUUUUGCGAAAGCCAUCGUAAACAUGGCCGAUGCAAUUUAUAAAGAACAGCUUAACACAAGGCUCGUGCUUGUCGCCAUGGAGACAUGGUCAUCCCAGAACAUGGUUUCUGUGGGCGAUGACCCUCUGAUGACCUUGCGUGACUUUAUGAAAUACAGGAGGGAGAACAUCAAAGAGAAGAGUGAUGCUGCACACCUGUUCUCGGGUCGCACAUUUCAAAGCAGUCGAAGUGGUACAGCAUACAUUGGGGGCAUCUGUUCUCCUACACGUGGAGGCGGAGUCAAUGAGUAUGGAAACGUGGGACCCAUGGCCAUCACGCUGUGUCAGAGUUUAGGACAGAAUCUGGGCAUGAUGUGGAAUAAAGAGCGUGCCACUGCAGGAGACUGCAGGUGUCCAGACCCUUGGCUUGGCUGUAUCAUGGAGGACACUGGGUACUACCUGCCCAGGAAGUUCUCCCGCUGCAGUGUGGAGGAGUAUGUACGAUUCCUGCAGGAUGGAGGAGGCAGCUGUCUGUUCAACAAACCCACUAAGUUACUGGAUCCUCCUGAAUGUGGAAAUGGAUAUGUGGAGCAAGGAGAAGAGUGUGACUGCGGCUCACAAGUGGAGUGCUCUCGAGCAGGAGGAGCAUGCUGUAAGAAGUGCACCCUUACCCAUGAUGCAAUGUGCAGUAAUGGACUGUGUUGUAACAGGUGUCGGUAUGAGCAAAGAGGUGUGGUGUGUCGAGACGCAGUAAAUAAUUGCGAUAUUCCAGAAACAUGUCCCGGUGAUUCCAGUCAGUGUCCUCCUAACGUACAUAAACUGGACGGCUACAUGUGUGAUGCAGGACAGGGUCGCUGUUAUGGUGGUCGAUGUAAAACCAGAGAUGGACAGUGUCAGACGCUGUGGGGACACAACUCAGCAGACCGGGUGUGUUAUGAGAGACUGAACACUGAGGGGACAGAGAAAGGAAACUGUGGAAGAGAUUCCAAUGGACUGGGAUGGAUUCAGUGCAGCAAACCUGAUGUACUGUGUGGGAUUCUUUUGUGCUCUAAUAUGACAAUGAAACCUCGUUAUGGUGAUUUGGAUGGAGAAGUCAUCAGCCUCACCAUCUACCAUCAGAACAAAUACUUGGACUGCCAUGGAGGACAUGCUGUGCUGGAGGAUGGCUCAGAUCUGGGUUAUGUAGAGGACGGAACUCCAUGCGGUCCUAACAUGAUGUGUUUGGAGCGGCGCUGUGUACCGGUGAUGACCUUUAACCUGUCUGUAUGUCCCGGUUCCUCCACUGCACACAUCUGUUCAGAUCAUGGGACCUGCAGUAAUGAGGUGAAGUGUAUCUGUGAUGUCGAUUACACAGGGAAGGACUGCAGUGUGUAUGACCCGCUUCCUGAUCCACAGCUUCCAGAAGGACCUGAGAAAUACAAAGGUCCAAGUGGCACAAACAUAAUCAUCGGUUCUUUAGCAGGAGCCAUACUACUGGCAGCUAUAGUGCUGGGAGGAACAGGCUGGGGCUUUAAAAAUAUCCGGAGAGGAAGAUCUGGAGGAGGAUGAGAAGUCUAUCCAUCUGCUGUCCUGUCCUCUUUACUUCACUGUGUCUUUUACAUUCUGAGGAGAAAAGAGAAGCGAUAAACACGUCUUCCACUCAGAUAACUUCAACCUGCACAAGCCUCUGCUUCCUGUAUGUCUUUCUGCUCUUCUCUGAAUUCGAUGUUACGUCAGAAACAUUCCACUCUGCUAUACUAGGCGACCUCAAAAUCUACUGUGUCCAUUCCUUUAGAUUAUAUAUUAGUAAAUUAGUACAAGUCUGAGCCAUGAUACAAAAAUGGCGAGCAUUUACAUCAGCUACACCUGCCCAAGAUUCUGUGUAUGGUCUAAAAAGUUCAAAAACCUUGAAAAUAAUUUUCUUUAGUGUUUUGUCAUAUAAAGUGUUCUUGCAUGUUUCUUGUUAAAACAGUUUUCCACGGGAUUUAACGCGUGAUUGUGACCAUGACAUCGGGUUUAAUUAUAAAAUAAGCGCUCAGUGUUAUAAACAGCCAGGCGAUAAAAUGACAAACCUGAGUUUUUAUUUAUGUAUUUAUUUAUUCAUUUAUUUCUAUAAAAUAUAAAAAAAGUUUUAAAUCACAUGUACGUUCACAACCGCAACUGGAUAUUAUUUAAACUAACAUCAUUGUUUUUUUUCUUCAUUUGUAGCUUUUUUCUACUUUAUCUGUCACUUGUGGACUUUCGCCUGACUGUGUAGCAUCAGUCCAAGCCUUUACAAUCACACUGAAUUCUAUUCAUUUAACUGUAGAAAAUGCGUUUUGCUUAUAAGAAAAUAUUAUGCUUUUUUUUUUGUUAAAAAAAAAAGCUUCUUUUACACGUUGAAACCAUAACUUAACCAUAACUAACCUGAGACUGAGCAGCUUUAUAAGACAAAAAAAAAAAAAAAGGAUACAUGUUAAAUACAACUGUUCCUGUCUGUUUCCAGGGGAUCGUAAAGCUUUACACAUGAUCAGCUCUCAGAAAGAAACUGAGAUUUGUGUAUUUUGUGUUAAAACAGUACCAUGGUAACGUGUACAGAACUUGGAUUUGGCCUGAGUGUACCCAGAAACUUCACUUUCACUGGGGUUUAGAUUUAUUUAUUAACAGUACAGAGAAUCGUGGAAAGUUUAAGAAAUAACCAACAAUGCACACAGAUUUUACAUUGUCCUGAGCCGAAUAUAUAAAUUCUAAAUUCAUCAUUAAACAAACAGAGUACUGAAGUAUUCCUACUAACAGGGGAACGUUAGGACGAUUCUAAGGGCACAUGCACUUUUGUGGCCCCUAGAGGCUUGUAUGUUCGGUGCGAAAUGGGUGUGGUAAUGGGCCCAGUCUCAUUUUCUUUCAUAGGGCCCAAAAUUGCUAGUGGUGCCCCUGCCUAGUAACAUUCCGUGUUUGAUCUAAUAGUAAUCAGUUGAAAGUAAACGACGCUGCUUUCUCUCAAUAUCAGGCAUCUAGCGAUAUUAAAAUACCGUGUGCAUAAACGCCCGAAUGUAACUUUGAACAUGAUAUAGCACAAAGUUGCAUUUUUACCCAUGUAUGUUUGUGGACUUUUUGUGUAUGAUGACUUGAUAAGCACAAAACUAGCUUUUAGGUAGACAUAAGUACAUCGGAACAUUCUGCCAUUUUAAUGUGAUGUAUAAUGAUGUAUUACUGAAUGUGUGAGAGUGAUGGGAUGCUCGCCGAGGAAACAUGCAAUAUAUCGCAAUACAUAGUCAGCGUGUGUAAAUGCUACUCGUGUAAAUACUGUAUAUACAGUACACCUGUGUUAAAACAAAAGCACAAAAGAUUGCAAUCAAUGUGGUCAAGGAAAAAAUAAGCAUUUUAAAAAGUUAUGAGAUAAAAACAGCGCAGAUCAGAGUUCAAAGACUGCCAGCUUUAUUUAGAAUGAAGUGCACAUGCUGAGAGUAUUACAGCAGGCUGUGUUUCAGAACCUAUCCACCUUUCUUUUUCUCGGUCUGUCUGCCUCAGUUUCUCUCUCUCUCUCUCUUUCGCUCUCGCUCUCUCAGGGCUUGGGCAGUUUAAAUCACAUUCGCAGACACAAAGCUUUAAACUCCUCCACAGUUACACAUGAGAAAACAACAAUUUUUAUCCACAAAUCUAGAUUCAUGCAAAUCCUGAGAGUCUUCUGUUAGCAACCAAUAACAAAUUUAUCACUCGUCAUUUUAAGUAGAUAAAUUUAAAAAGCUUUAUUUAUUUCAUAAAUUUGUUUCUUUUUCAGAAAUCCCCAAUAGUUUUAGCAACAAGAAUGUUCGUUAUAAACAAACACUCAGUAAAACAUCAGCAUACUGAAGCUUAGGCUUGUAACCAAACUUUAUAUUUAUUUGUUUGAAUUUCACAUUAGAUUCCUCCCUCUAAUCAAUGGCUUUCUGUUCUUUAUAACACAAUUACAUUUUUAUUGAGUAAUGUCACCAACAGACUGAAGCAACACUGAAUUCUGUUCUUCACUCAGAAUUUAAAAGAUAUAUUUAUAUGCACUAUAUUUGUAUAUAUACUGUAUACACACACUACAAAUGUUAAUUGGAUUGUUAGAUCUCACUUUUAUCUUGUUUUUUUUCUCCAAAAAGCAAAAUUUAACUCGUUCAUUUCUUACUUAGUGCUUCACUAAAUUAGUACAAAUCUGACCAAUAAAUGACCAAGAUUAAUGUGUAAAUAAAAAUUAUUCAAGGAUGAAAUCUGUUGUAAUAUUCAGAGCACCUUUAAAUCUAGCUGCAAUAAUAAACCAUGACUUUUACAUGUUCAGGACACAUGGAAAAGUUCAGUACUUUAAAAGACGUUUUGGUGGUGGUGGUUUUUUAAAUUCAUAAGGAUGGAUCGACAUGCUGGAGGUCUUUAAUAGACAUAUGACUAUAGAUAUAUAUGAUAUGAUAUACACACAAAAGAUAUAUAGUUACAGAUUGAAGAAAACUGUAUUAUAUAUUUUGUUUUUCGAUAAAUGCUCAUGUGUACAAACCCAGAAACCAAGAUUUAAAUAAAUUAAUUUUAAUAUGUUAAACUUAAUGUUUAUCAGGGAUCACAUCAGUUUGUAUAAUAAUUGUUUUAAACCCUAAAAAAAACAGUGUAAGCCCUGCUCAACUGAUUUUAACUGUUUUAAACAUUUUAAAGUGUCUUAUUCAUGGUACAUUUCUGGGCCAUAAAUCUGAUUUGAAUUGAGCAGUAAAGACAAUAUAACACAUAUCAACAGCCAAAAACUAGCCUGACUGCAGUUCUGAGCAUGUGAUAAUGAUCAGCUUGGUUUAAGUUGGACUUUAUUGGAAACACUGCCAGUAGAUCUUCAGAAGCAUGUUCUCCAUAUCCUGCCGUUAUCUCUAAACUGCUGCACACACAAUAUAAAUGUAAAUUCAUACUGAGCUUACAUCUGUAUCAGUCAUAUAGCACAUAGGCUUCUUUUUUUCUUCUUAAUAGAAUAUGAAUAUACAAACACUUAGCCUUGCUGACUGUUUAUAUUACAUUUAAACUGGAACUUUAUAAAAAGCCUCUUUCACAAGUCCUGUAGCAAGCAUUAAGAUAAUUAAAGGACUGAUUUACAUUAAACUUCUCUCAAAAACAUCCAAACUUAUUUUUGGAAUUGGAACUGAAACCAAAAAUAAGUACAAUAAUUGAUAGAACGAUUUUACAAUAAAUUAUCAUCAAUAAACAAAAGAAGGACUAAUUUAUAUUAAGGUGUAUCUUACUUAUAUGAAAGAUUUAUUUGCAGUAAAUGUUCGUAAAAAAGAUUGAGUUGCUGUACAAAGUAUUAAAGUAUUAGCAAUUAGGCAUAAUGAAAAUAAUCCCCCUUGUUAUUCAAUGACCAUGAAUUACAUUUAUGUAAGGACUUAUUUUUAAAAUAUACUGUAUGACCAUCAAUAUAAAAAAGGACUUGCUAAAAUAACUAUUUAAAAGGUCUCAUUUCCAUACCAUUAAUAAAUAAAAACAAAUAAAUCAAUGUUGUUACUUCUGUCCAUUACCAUCAAUAACAAAAAAGGACCAAUUUUAGUGGCGUAUUAUUAGUAAUAAAAAAAUAAUUAAAGGAAGGCAUUUUCAAUAUUUUGUAAUCAAUAAAAAAUUAAAGGACUAAUUUAUACUAAGUUAAAUAAAUUGACGGAUUGUUUUCCUGUUGUCCUGUAGGUUAAAUGUGCAGUUAUUUCUUUAGUUUUGUGUUUUUUGUGUAUGAUUUGGUGUAGCACUGCCACCAGCCUCUGACGGCUGAAUCCUAGUAACUGUGCGUGUGACGCUUCAGAGACAUCCUGCGUUACCUGUGUGAGUGUGUGUUUUCACUACAGCGUGAUGGCCAGAAGGAGUUUUUUUAUGCAUGUUUUUGUUUUUAUUAUUACGGGUUUAGUCUCAGGUUUAGGCCACAAUAUUAAUCUUGUUAACUUCCUCCCUGGUUUAAACUUUAAAGUCACGUUUUAAUGCUUUAGAUAAAAAAAGUGGAUUUACUGUAUAUCUGGUUUUAGCGCUCGGCGCACGUGUUCGCAUGUCUUAUGCUCCGCUCUGACUGAACCGUGAUUGCUGCAGAGCACAGUUCAAUUUUACUGUACAUUCUGUUCCUUAUUGUAUAUUAUUUAUGUUGUGUAUAUACAUAUGCACGUACUUACAGGUAUCUGUAUAUAAACAUGAACACUUCUGUACAUUAUUAGCUAUAAUCUAAUAUCAGUGUAAGAAACUCACAGCUAUAACCUCAUUAAUGGUAACACAUGCUAAUGCUAAGGAUCGCUGCAUUAUAGGAAAUGUAUUUCAUACCAUUGCGACGUUUGAUUGUAAAUUAAUGUCGAAUUACACAGAGUCUUUAUUAUGUGUGGAGGUGAAACGGGACUGUGUUAAUAAAAGCACAUACCUAAACGAGGCCUGAUGGAAAGGCUGAGGAGAGAAAAAACAUCUCCAUCUCUACAGAUUAAUUCACUUCCACAUUGCUUUAAGACGAACCGCAUUGUACCGUAUUAUUUUAGAGAUUUUUUCUGUAUUAAUCAAAAGGCUAAAAUAAAAAAUUGUCAACAAGAAA